UCGGCUCGCCUCAGUCGUCGCCUGCUGGUCCGGGUUCUCGGUCUCCCGGAGUCCGUGUCCGCUGUGGUCGUCAGCCCCGCUCCGGUAGAGCCAUGACUUCUUACGAGAGGAAGUCUCCGCGCCUGCGCCGGGUGUUCGUGGUGGGGGUUGGCUUGACCAAGUUCAUGAAGCCUGGAGCUAAGAAUUCAAGUGACUACCCUGAGAUGGCAAAAGAAGCAGGCCAGAAGGCAUUAGCUGAUGCACAGAUCCCUUAUUCAGCAGUGGAGCAGGCGUGUGUUGGCUACGUUUUUGGUGACUCUACCUGUGGACAGAGGGCUAUCUAUCACAGUUUGGGACUGACCGGAAUUCCUAUAAUCAAUGUUAACAACAACUGUGCUACUGGUUCUACUGCUUUGUUUAUGGCCCGACAACUGAUUCAGGGUGGUGUGGCCGAUUGUACCUUGGCUCUUGGGUUUGAGAAGAUGGAAAAGGGAUCCAUUGGGUCAAAAUUUUCAGAUAGAACCAAUCCACUUGAUAAACAUGUUGAUGUCCUGAUCAAGAAGUAUGGAUUGUCUGCUCACCCACUCACUCCUCAGAUGUUUGGGAGUGCUGGAAAAGAACAUAUGGAAAAAUACGGAACAAAAAUUGAACACUUUGCAAAAAUUGGAUGGAAAAAUCAUAAACACUCAGUUAAUAACCCGUAUUCCCAGUUCCAAGAUGAAUACAGUAUAAAUGAUGUAAUGAGAUCUCGAAGUGUUUUUGAUUUUUUGACUGUCUUACAAUGUUGUCCCACUUCAGAUGGUGCUGCAGCAGCAGUUUUGGCUAGUGAAGAGUUUGUAGACAAGUAUGGCCUGCAAUCUAAAGCUGUGGAAAUUGUGGCACAAGAGAUGAUGACUGAUUUUCCAAGCACGUUUGAAGAAAAAAGUGUUAUUAAAAUGGUUGGCUACGAUAUAAGUAAAGAAGCUGCCAGAAAAUGCUAUGAAAAAUCUGGCCUGAGACCAAGUGAUAUUGAUGUAAUAGAACUUCAUGAUUGCUUUUCUGUCAAUGAACUCCUUACUUAUGAAGCAUUGGGCCUCUGUCCAGAAGGACAAGGUGGAACACUGGUUGAUAGAGGAGAUAAUACUUAUGGAGGGAAAUGGGUCAUAAAUCCUAGUGGUGGAUUGAUUUCAAAGGGACACCCACUGGGAGCUACAGGUCUAGCUCAGUGCGCCGAGCUCUGCUGGCAGCUGAGAGGGGAGGCCGGAAAGAGGCAAGUUCCUAGUGCAAAGGUUGCUCUGCAGCACAACUUAGGCCUCGGAGGAGCUGUGGUUGUCACAAUCUACAAGAUGGGGUUUCCUGAAGCUGCCAGAUCACAUCAGAUUCAGGCUGUGCCCACCAGCUCAGCAGGUGAUGGAUUCAAGGCAAACCUUGUCUUUAAGGAGAUUGAGAAGAAGCUUGAAGAGGAAGGUGAACAGUUUGUGAAGAAAAUUGGUGGUAUUUUUGCAUUCAAGGUGAAGGAUGGCCCUGGGGGUAAAGAAGCCACCUGGGUGGUGGAUGUGAAGAAUGGCAAAGGAUCAGUGCUUCCAAACUCAGAUAAGAAGGCCGACUGCACAAUCACCAUGGCCGACUCAGACUUGCUGGCUUUGAUGACUGGUAAAAUGAAUCCUCAGUCGGCCUUCUUUCAAGGAAAAUUGAAAAUCACUGGCAACAUGGGCUUGGCGAUGAAGUUGCAGAAUCUUCAGCUUCAGCCAGGCAAAGCUAAGCUGUGAAGAACUCCCUCUGGCAACUUUGGAAAGCCAAGAUGAGAUAUAUAGAUAUAUAUCCAUAUAUUUCAUUGUCAGGACUUAGACUGAAGCUGUACAUUGGCAAAUAGUGUGAGAUAGAUUUGUUGUUAAAUGGGUGUGACCAAUCAUGUUUUCCUAAGCUCUCAGUGAACAGAGUCUGAUGUGUACUACUGAUUUACGGAAUUGCAUACACAUAUGCAUGACAAAGUUAAUACAGUGAUUAUGGUUUGGAGAAAAUCUGAGUUUCAGAAUAAAAUUAAGAACAAUAAAAUCUAAAGACUAAACAAAAGCUCUCGUUUUGCUUAGAAGUAAUAUUUAAGGGUUAUUCUGUUUGGAGAUUCAACUUGAGAGCUUUCCUUGGGAGAACUAAGGAAGAAAAAGAAUCCCUAACUGACCAGUACUUACUGUGGUGCACUUAACAAUCUUCAUUGAUUUCCCAUAAACAGCUCUUCAAAUUCUGUACUAGGAUUUUAAAAAAGACUUUAAAAAUUUGCAUUUCAUGCCCUCAGAAACAAUUUUUUCUUCCCAAAUAAAAGAAUUAUGAUCAGAGCUUGGGGAAAAAUUUAUGGCUGAACACAGGCCUAUUUUUAAAGUAAAAAUAUUUUUAAAAUAGGUUUCUUCCUCAAAAAAUCAGGGCACUAGAGUCAUAAAAUGCUGUUGCUAAAAAUAAUUGAACAAAUAAAGUUUGUUUUUAGAUGAACAGUUU